AUGACAGGUGGACGAGGACGUGACAGCAAGCCUCCGGGAUUCUACAGUGAGGGAAAUCUCGCAGCAAAAAGGAGGAAAGUCGAGCCGCCUGAAGAAGAAGAAGGCGGAGGAGACGAAAUCGGAGAAGAAAUAGCAGAUCAGGGAGAUCUUCCCAUGCUGGGGUUUGACGAGUCCUAUGUGGGAACACCAUAUUGGACUCCUCCUGCUCCUCCCGAACGGCCCGCACGACAAACGUGGCCGACGCCGGAAGAACCAAUUACUUAUGCCUGUGACCCAAGGAUGCCCAGAGGCUGGCAUUACGAUGAGCCCGAUCUUGAUCCAAAUGAUCUUGACGCCCAAAUUAUUCGAUGUGACGAGAGAAUUGCUAAUCAAAUCCUGUCGGAUUGGUUCGUGCGAAGAAAGAAAGAGCUUGAAAGACUGAAGGAGGAGCGCGACACGAUGAUCGAAGCUGAGAGUGGUUCGCCCGGACUCAGUUUGAGCGUUAUCAGACGUCUCGACGUGCUGAAAGACAUGGAGCGUCAGUUGCAAGCCAAGCUUCAAGCCACCGAAGCCAAAGAAGCCAAGAAGGAGGAAGACCGUGGCCACCUUUCCAACAUUAUUGCUAUAAUGGCUGCCUACAGAUCACGCGAAUUGGAAUGGAAUCCUGGCCUGGUCACUUACUGGUCUCACGGAGUUCAGCUUUGCCAGCCGCGGCCAUUCCACUACGAAGAGUUUCUUCGCGUCAAUCAGGAGCACAAUGGACACACGGGGUUUUGGGUGGAAGGACUUACCCCACUGGACUCGGCGUCAGAGAAGCCACUAAAAUUUACAACUGCGAGCCCAGCUGCCGGCAACUUCAUCAGAGAUGUUAGCCUUGUGCUGCGACUUCCUCACUGUCGAGAUGGACGGUUUACUUUCGGAUUCGAAGAGGAUUCAGGAGCUGAUAUUAUGAGCAUCUAUGACGCCGAUAUGGACUAUCUGCGGGAGCAAGCUCGAAUGGCAAUGGGCCAGGGAGGCUUCCAUCCUCUCAUGCCUCCCAUGCUCGGCGCCUGUAGCCAUGUAACGGCUGCCGGUGGCGCAGGGUUUGUGAAGACGUGGUGGGCCAUAGAAGUCAACAUGACCGAUACCAAUGGCGCCUACAUGACCAGCUGGGACUGGACGCCAUGUACCCUCACGGAUAAUACGGCCUUCCGGCCCUGCGAAAGGCUGUCAGGCCCAUGGCUCCGCUACAAACUGUACAUGGGAUCAGCUCCGGAUGGGACAGGCGUAACGCACAUAUUUAACCUCAAAGGCGGAUUCAAAACCCGAGUACCGACGAUACGGCCUAAUAUCUUGAACGCCACGAGACCGUGGGCGUAUAACGCUACUUGGGCACCGGCGCAGGUAUACGCAACCUACCCGAAACUGCCGCCGGCGAUGCCUUCUGGAAUUCUGGCAAAAGAAGGAGUAGGGCCAUUGGCCUCCGGAGGAAUGGGGCGAGGCGCACUGGGGGGACCAGCACCUUUGCCAGCACCACCGCCUCCAUUAGGGCCACCACCACCAGGAGCAGGGGAAGCAGGAGCGUAA